AUGGAGGAUUCGGGCGAGGUGGCGGCCGGCUUCCCAAAGAGGGACUACGAGAGCAUCACGUCUUUUCUCGGGUCUUGGGGACCCUUCCAGCGGAGGGUUUUCUUCGCGCUGGCCGUCAGCAUUCUGCCCAACGGGUUCUUCGGCGCCUACAUCGUGUUCGUGGGCGCGACGCCGCCCCACGAGUGCGCCGUGCCCGAAAGCUACAACAUCAGCGACCCGUGGAGGGCCGUGGCCAUCCCUCUGGAGACCGUGAACGGCGUCGCCAGGCGCAGCUCGUGCGGCAGGCUCGACCUGAAGGUCUUGGAGCGACUCUCUGAAGAUAAAGCCGUCCCGAACGUGGACGUGAACGUGAGCGACGUCCCUCUGGAGCGAUGUCUGGACGGCUGGACGUACAGCCGGGAGAUCUACCGGUCGACCGUCGUCACGGAGUGGGACCUGGUCUGUGACGACGCCUACAAAACCCCGCUGGCCACCUCCAUCCAGUACGUGGGCGUCCUGGUGGGCGGGUUCCUCUCCGGCCAGUUGUCGGACAGGUGUGGCAGGAGGCCGGCGCUCUUCCUCAUGAUGCUCCUCCAGACGGUGUCCAUCACAGCUCAGAUCUUCUCCCCCAACUGGGAGAUCUUCACCUUCAUUUUCUUCUUCGUGGGUGCCGGUGGAUUUUCCAACUAUACCAUCGCGUUCGUGAUGGGAACAGAGAUCCUCAGCCCAGAAGCCCGGGUGGCGUUCUGCUCGCUCGGCGUCUUCUUGGGCUCGGCUCUGGGCUACAUGGCGCUGCCGGCGGCGGCUUACGCGCUCCGCGAUUGGCGGCCGCUGCUGAUCGCCAUCGCUUCCUCCAGCCUGAUCUACGUCCCUCUGUGGUGGCUGAUCCCAGAGUCUCCUCGCUGGCUGCUCAACCAGGGACGAGUGCAGGAGGCCGAGGUCAUCCUGAGAGACGCCGCCAAGAGGAACCACAUCCGGCCUCCGGACGCCAUCUUUACGGAAGCCGAGAUCAGAGAAGCGCUGGAGAUGAAGGACCAGAAAUACAACGUUUCUGUUAUCGUGAGCAGCUGCAACAUGUUCUCUGUAACAGUGCUGUGUUCACUCAUGUGGAUCAUCGUGACCGUGGGCUACUACGCUCUGGUGCUCAACACCUCCAACAUGUACAGCGACCCGUACGUCAGCUGCUUCCUGUCCGCCGUGGUGGAGGUGCCGGCGUACGUCAUCGCCCUGCUGCUGCUGAAGUUCUGCACACGGCACGUCUGCCUGUCGUCCUCGCUGCUGCUGGGAGGCGUCUUCAUCCUCUGUGUGCACCUCAUCCCGGGAGAUAUCCCGAGUGUUCCCGUGGUCCUCGAGAUUCUGGGGAAGUUCUGCAUGACGUCAGCGUUUUGUGUGGUGUACACCUACACGGCGGAGCUCUUCCCCACCGUGGUCAGGAACACCGCGAUGGGGUGUUGCUCCAUGGCGGCUCGCGUUGGAUCCAUCAGCGCCCCCUUUAUCAUUUAUCUGGGUCAAUAUUACGCGUCGCUGCCGUACAUUUUGAUGGGAACGUUCGCCAUCGUUGGCGCCUUAUUGUGUUUCCUGCUGCCGGACACGUACGGGAAGACGCUGCCGGAGACCGCGGCACAAAUGCAGCAGAUAUGCGGGAGAAGAGGAAGAAAAGAAAAGGAAGAAAGGUCGGCUGACUACCAAAGUAAAGAAAGCAAGUUAUAGUGUCACCUAAAUGUCACUUAUUGUGAAUGUUUUAUGUGUAAAUGUAAUGUUUGACACAGAUAAUGUGAGACUCUUUAUGUUUUAAGAUUGAGGGGAGUUGUUUUGUUUGUUAAAGAUAUAUUCUAUAUAAAUUAUUCGAGUUGAAUUCAUUAAUAUACAUUAAAAUCGAUUAGAACCAGAUUCAAUGAGACACAAAGACUGAAUUUUGUAUGUUUUUAAUUACCUGACUUUAUAUUAAAUGAUAGUCAUGUUUCCCAUUUAAUUUACUU